GAAUAGUACUUGUCCACUGUCCUCCAAUUAUCAUGCUCUCCCUACUUCAUCUUACUUCAAAUUUCUCUUGACAUCUCAUGUUUCUAGUUUCUACUCUAUUGGUUGUUUGUUCGGAGAUUUUGAAGAUACAGCUCUUUGGAACAUGGACUUUGUAACUCCGAUUAUUACUCCCAUUGUUGAAUCUUUGCUUGGCCCUGUUAAAAGACACUUGGGUUUCUUGGUUUCCUCCUCAAACAAGGUCAAAUGCAUGAGUGCCAGAUUGGCAGAACUGAAAAAUAUAGCACGUGACGUGGAAGAGCAAAAGGAGCGACAUGAUGCAAACAACCUCGUUGUGCCUCGUCACGUCCCAGACUGGUUGAAAGAAGUCAAAGCGAUCAGUGUAAAGGCAGAGAAUAUUCCAACAGGUCGACUUGGAUGUUUUAACAUAAAGAUGAGAUACACAUCAGGAAAACGAUCCUCCUGUAUAGUCAAUGAUAUAGACCGUCUAAUGACCGAAAAAUCUAACAUCAAGUGGACUGUUGAAAAAAGACCUCUUGCUAAGGUUAGCUCUAACAAGGCGUCCACCUCCACACUAGUUCAUGAAGAUGAUGAUGGCACUCAAAGCAUACUCAAGUCAAGCAGAGAUUUGAUAUUCAAUAAUGCACUGACAUCCCUUGAAUCAAAUGAUAACAAGGCCCGAAUGAUGGCUCUAUCUGGUAUGGCCGGUGUGGGCAAGACCACAAUGAUGGAGCAACUGGUGAAGGCUGUGGAGGAUAAGAAAACAUUCGAAUGGAUUGUGAAGGUUACUAUUGGGAAAAAUCACAACCCAGUUGAUAUUCAAACAACUAUUGCAGAACGCAUUGGUGAACCUUUAUCUGAAAAAGAUAAAGAUACAAGGGCCGAUCGGCUUAAAGAAAGAUUUCAGAGGAUGUCGGAAGAGGGUAAAAAGAAGAUUUUGAUAAUAUUAGAUGAUGUUUGGGAGAAGAUCAACCUUAAAGAUAUUGGAUUAUCAAGUCCUUUGCCAAAUGGCUUCAAGUUGUUGCUCACAUCGCGAGAGGAAGAUAUUUGCACUCAAAUGGAUAUCGAAACUAGUUUGAUUUUCAAAAUUGGUGUUUUGAAAGAUGAGGAAGCAAAAAAGUUAUUCUGGAAAACGGUACGACUAGGUUCAAGUGGUGAUAUUGAACAAGUUGACUUGCACCAGAUUGGAGAAGAAAUCCUAAAGAUAUGUGGCGGUUUGCCUCUUGCUAUAACAACCAUCGCCUCUACUUUAAGAGAUAAGGAAAAGUUUGAAUGGGAAGACGCACUUUCUCGCUUACAAAACAAAAAGGUGGAUGACUAUGGUAUUAAAGAAAUUUUUAAGAUUAGCUUCAAGAAUCUUAAAGAAGAUGAUCUUAAAGCAAUUUUUCUUCUUAGUGGCUUGUUCCCGGAGGACUCUAACAUUCAGAAAGAGGACUUACUGAGGUACGGGUGGGGAUUGAACUUUUAUCAGAGUGUACGUACUAUAGCAGGAGCAAGACGGCGGGUAAACACUUGUGUCAACAAACUCAUACGUUCAAACUUGUUGAUUAAAAGUGACUGUGAAGGAAGUGUUAAAAUGCAUGAUCUUGUGCGUGAUUUUGUUCUAAGCGAAUUUUCAGUUGUCAAGCAAGCUUCAAUAGUAAGCCACGACAAUAAUUUCUCUGAUUUGCUUGAAGAAGAUGAGCCAUAUGAGAGACUUCUACUAAAGUGUGGAAGUAUGCUUCAGUUUCCAAUACAUUUUAAUCACAAAAACCUUAAACUUUUGAAGCUAAUGGACGGGGAUAAGCUACUCAAGUUUCCGGAAGAUUUUUACACAAGUAUGAAGAAACUUGAGGUUCUAUCUUACAUGAAUAUGCAUCGACCAUUGCUUCCGCAAUGCAUGACCAACCUUCGUGCGUUAUGCCUUCGUUCAUGCUCGUUGGUGGACAAUGAUGUAUCUAUUCUUGGUGAUCUUAUUAGCUUAGAAGUACUCAACCUUGCUGGUUGUGGCAUCCACAAGCUACCAUCCAAGUUAGGAAACUUGAAAAGGUUAAAGCUACUUGAUUUGACUGGUUGUAUUAACCUUUAUAUUGAUAAUGGUGUGUUUGAAAACUUGAACCAACUUGAAGAGCUUUAUAUGGGAGUUUGUCAUGGAAGUUGUAUUAGGUUCUCAGAUACUAACUGUGACGAAUUGAAGAUCCUUUCAAGGAAACUUUUUGCACUAGAGCUUGAAUUCUUUAAUAACAAGGCCCAACCAGUUAAUGUAUCAUUUGAGAAUCUAGAAAGGUUCAAGAUAUCUGUGGGGCGUUUGUUAACAAAGAGGUGGAGAGGGGACCAUAAUAAUGGAAAUUAUUCAUUCAAAAAUACAUUGAUGCUUGAGACUAGCAGCAGUGAACUGCGUGAAUGCAAAAUUAAUCAGUUGUUUAGGAAAACGGAGAUUCUUUAUUUGAAAGUGAAUGAUAUGAGUUAUCUGGAAGAUAUUUUAAUACGUCCUCCUCAAAACGCCUUUUGUGAUUUAAAAGAACUUAGUAUUUCAAACUGUGAAGGCCUGGCAUACCUCUUCACAAUUUCUAUGGCAAAUGGUUUGAGAAAACUUGAGAAACUCUUUAUUACGUCAUGUUCAGCUUUGCAAUCUGUGGUAAAUGGCGAGAAUAGUGAAGCGGGGGUGGUUACAUUUCACAAGUUAAAAUUUCUGUCAUUGCGUAACCUACCAAACUUGGUGAGUUUAUGUGCCCAUGUUAAUGUAACAGAGUUACCACAACUGAUGGAGUUACAUCUGGAUGAACUUCCAAAUUGCACUAGCAUCUUUCCCAAGAACAAUAUUGAUAUUUCGUCAGUGAAACCAUUUUUUAACAAAGAGGUUAUGAUUCCAAAGUUGGAAAAACUGGAAAUCACCGGUAUGAAGAACUUGAAGGAGAUAUGGGAGUCUGAAAUUACUACUACCGAGGGGAAAAUUAAAAAUAUUUUCAUGUUGAGAGAGAUAGAAGUGAAAGAUUGUAGUUCCAUCGAAGUGUUAUUCAACAUAGACUUGGGCCAAAUUCGGCAACUUGGUAUGUGCAGCUUGAGAAACAUUAAGGUGUGUCGGUGUGAGAGGUGUGGAGGAUAAAAGAUCCAGGAAAUAACUACUUCAUCGGUGGCUUUCAAGCCGUAGAAACAAUCUACAUUGAGGAGUGUGAGAAGUUUAGAAAUAUAGUGACACCUACCACCAUCAAUUUUGAUAUGAGGGCACUUAAGGACAUCUAUAUUAAAUCUUGUGAAGAUUAUGACGAGAGAAACUAUGAAUUAGUUAAGAACAACCAAGAGCAAGCGAUUAAUAAUAUGUCAAAGGAAAGGAUAUCAAAAGAGGAUGAUAAUUUGUCUGAAUUUGCAUUCACAUCCUAUCAGAUGGGCUACAAUUUCCAUCAACUUCAUAAAAUUUUCUUUGAAAGUGUUAAAGGGGUAGAGGUGGUGUUUGAGAUUGAGAGUCCAAGUAAUAGAGAUCAAAUUGUAACAUCUCAACAACAACCAUCAUUACUUCCCUACCUUGAACAUUUAACACUAUCGGAAAUGAAAAAGUUGAGUCAUGUGUGGAAGUGCAAUAGUUGGAACAAAUUCUUUGUUCUUCACAAACACCAACCACAAUCCUCAUUCCAAAACCUCACAUCCAUAAAACUGGAACAGUGCCCGGGCGUUAAGUACUUGUUUUCACCUCUUAUGGUGAAACUUCUUACCAACCUACAGGAAGUAACCAUACGGGAGUGUGAUGGUAUGGAAGAAGUUGUUUCAAACAGAGAUGAAGAAGAAAUGACGUCAUCUACAUAUGCCCACACAACUGCCACUUUGUUCCCUCGUCUUCAUCAUCUCAAUCUAUAUAGAAUGAAAAAUCUGAAGCAUAUUGGUGGUGGCGUUGCUAAGGGUACAACUGAUAUCGGUCAUGGUCAAUCGAAGGUUUCUCAAGUUGAUGUUGUUUCUUGGUCCGUAUGCCAAUACUCUAGAACGAUUCAAAUUGAACGAUGUGAUUCUUUGUCAAGUGUGAUUCCAUAUUAUGCAGCAGGGCAAACACCAAAGCUUCAAGAAUUAUGGAUAUUUAACUGCACAUCAAUGAUGGAGGUAUUUGAAACCGAAGAAAUCAACAAUAAAAAUACCAGUGGUUGUAGUAGUAACACUACAGUAGCGGUUCCUAGACCAACAGAUAUAAUUGUGCACAAGUUCCCCAACCUAAAGAUAUUGAUAAUAGUUGCAUGUGAUUGUCUGGAAAACAUAUUCACAUUUUCCACACUUGAAAGCCUCAAGAAAAUCGAAGAGUUACAGGUAAGAAACUGUGGUGCAAUGAAAGUGAUUGUGAAGGAAGAAGUUCGAGAGGACACAUCGACAUUGUCUAAUAAUGUGGUCUUUUCUAAUCUAAAAUCAAUUAGAUUGGAAGGUCUACCAAACCUCAAAGGUUUUUUCUUGGGGAUGAAUAUUGAAUUUGAGUGGCCAUUACUAGAACGUGUUUUUAUCGAAAAAUGUCCUCAAAUGAUGGUGUUCACAUGUGGUCGGUCAACAGCUCUCAGGCUUAAGUACAUAGAAACAAGGCUAGGCAAACAUAAUCUUGAAUGUGGCCUUAACUUUCAUCGGGGCCUGCUCCCGGUUGUCGUUACUAGAAUACCAUCCCCAAGUUUAGAUUGUAAAAGCUCGAGCCCUACUAAAUUAGAAGGGAGAACUUGGUCUUUUCAUAAUCUAAUCCAGUGCAACAUUGAUGACUCACAUAAGGAUACAAAGAUUUUUCCAUCCAAUGAGCUGCAACAACUAGAGCAGCUUGAAACAAUUCAUGCACGAGGUUGUCACAAUGUGGAGGAGGUAUUUGAAGUAACAUCAGAAGUGACAAACAAUGAAUCACAAUUCCAAAGCUAAGAGAAGUGGACUUAAAGUGGCUAGAAAGUCUCAAGUAUAUAUGGAAGAGCAAUCAGUGGAGAAUAUUGGAGUUUCAAAACCUAACAACACUCUCUAUUCAUGGUUGUGAUAGUUUAGAACAUGUUUUUACAUGUUCCAUGGUUGGUUGUGUCAUGCAACUCCAAGAGCUACAAAUAGAACGGUGCAGAAACAUGAAGGUAAUUGUGAAGGAAGAAGAAGAAGAUUGUGAUGCCAAAGUUAGUGAGAUUAUUGAGUUCCCUUCUCUGAAGUCUUUACAACUUAAUUUUCUUUCAAGCCUUAAAGGAUUUUACAUAGGGAAGAAGGAUUUUACAUUGCCAUCCCUUGAUACCUUGGGAAUCAGGAUGUGCCCAGAAAUAAUGGUAUUCACUGAGGGUCAUUCAAUAAUUUCAGAGCAAACAGUAUUGGAGACAGAUUUUGGGUCCUUUAAUGUUGGAGAAGACAUCAAUUCAUUUAUACUCACAAAAAAACAAGAGGGAUUUAGUUUUGGGAAUAGGUGGAUGAUGAAUAAUAACGAUUAUUAUUGAGUUUGUUAUUGUUAUUGAUGUCAGAAUGUCAGCAUUACCUAUUAUAACAUUUUUAUGUACGUUGUAAGGUCAUGUUUUGUAUUUAACUAUUUGUUUGUAAAAAAAUGCACAGCUUCUUUGCGCAUACCAAAUCAUUCAAAGACAAUGAUGAUUUUAAUUUGAAA